UCGCGGCGCCGCGGCCCGGGGACCUUCGCCACUGAGGCACCGCCCGCCCGGAAGGACCCGAAGCGAGCUGGGGCCACGGCAGCCAUCGCGCACUGCUGUUCUGCUCCGAGGGUGCGGGGCCGACGUCAAGCGAGGAAUUGCAUUCGCUCCCGUCGCAGACCCUAUAAGAUCUGGAUAUGUCCUUCAUAUUUGAUUGGAUUUACAGUGGUUUCAGCAGUGUGCUACAGUUUUUAGGAUUAUAUAAGAAAACUGGUAAAUUGGUAUUUCUUGGAUUGGAUAAUGCGGGAAAAACAACAUUGCUACACAUGCUAAAAGAUGACAGACUUGGACAACAUGUCCCAACAUUGCAUCCCACUUCAGAAGAACUGACUAUUGCCGGUAUGACUUUUACAACUUUUGAUCUGGGUGGACACGUUCAAGCCCGAAGAGUUUGGAAAAACUACCUUCCUGCUAUCAAUGGCAUUGUAUUUCUGGUGGAUUGUGCAGACCAUGAAAGGCUGUUAGAAUCAAAAGAAGAACUUGAUUCACUAAUGACAGAUGAGACCAUUGCUAAUGUGCCUAUCCUGAUUCUUGGGAAUAAGAUUGACAGACCUGAAGCCAUCAGUGAAGAGCGGUUACGAGAGGUGUUCGGCUUGUAUGGUCAGACAACAGGAAAGGGCAGUGUAUCACUGAAAGAACUCAACGCCCGGCCCUUAGAGAUUUUCAUGUGCAGUGUGCUCAAAAGGCAAGGUUACGGAGAAGGCUUCCGCUGGUUGGCGCAGUACAUUGAUUAACACCAGCCUGCGCCGGCACAGGCCUGCUCGGAGAGGUGAUUGCUCAACGUGCAGAACUUGAAUUCAAUAGACUUCUGUUGGUUUUAAAAUAGCUGUUUUUUAGAAUAUUAAUUACAUCAACUUUACUUGAGUGAGAAUUGAAAACUGAUCCAAGUAAGUUUGUUAGUUUCUAAUUCCACGCAAAUAGUUUUACAAUUUAUAAUCUGACACCACUCGGGCCCCAUUUAUAAAGUGCAGCUUCCCAGCAGUACCGAGGAAGCACUUCUUAACGAUGUGAAACUAAAUACAAACCCUGUUUAAAAGCUCAUCAUGUUAAAUUUUUUAUGUACUUUCUGGAACUAGUUUUUAAAUUUUAGAUUAUCUGUCCACCUCUCUUAGACAUACAGUUAAUAAUGAGUUCAUUAUGAUGCUUGCAUGAUGCCUUACGGUUUUCAGUGACACUUUUCUUAUGCAAACAUCAUGCAAUAAAACAGACUCUAACGUGUGGCACCGUGUUGGGCAGACGUCUCAUUUGAAUGUGUCCUAUCUGGCCAGCGUCUCUGAAGACCCCAUGUUUAAUAUUCUGCACGUGAGAAGGCCGUUAGGAAAGGAGCCCGUAUAACCCUAAAGGCUCGCAUGUUCCCUGGGACAGCUUCUGCCAGGACCGAGGUUCCCCUGGAAUCACACAUUUGUAACCAGCAGCGCUGCUGUCACCUGCCCGGAGACUGUGUCCCAGUCCUGUGCUCUCGUGGGCUUGGCCUCCAGAGGCAAGCUGUGCUGUUUCAUCCCAGUGCAUCAUGUCGAAGUGAUCCGGUCUCACUGGUGACCCGUUUGGCAUCUGUGCUGCUUCCCUGGGAGGAGUGACCGCCACAUGUGGAAGUCCCCAGUCUCGCAGGGCCCCGCCAGGGCCAGCAGCAGAUAGGAGCGCCUGCAGUUUUAGUGUGGCGUCCUGAGUGUCUGAGGAGUGGCAUGUGUUGUUUCCUGAGAGAAAGAAAGUGAAUCCUUGUUUCUAAUUUCUUUUUCCCACUUGCUCUCACCAAGACUUGUUUUUGGAUAUAAUGCUUCCUGGGCAGACACUACUCUGAGGCCUGCCUCACUGCUGCACUUACUAAUAAAAUGUUAGCUUUUUAUUGUUUCUGCUUUUGCAACAGGAUUUUGCUAUGUGGUCCAGUUUGGCCUUGAACGUACGACCCUCAUGCCUCAGCCUCCCAAAUGGUGGGGUUACAGACAUGUACCACCAUAUCUGGGAAAUUUUUAGUUUUUAAAAAGCACUAUAACUUAACUUGUUUUUUUGUUUGUUUUUUUUUGGUCUUUUUCAUUUUUAUCGGUACCAGGGAUCGAACUCACGACCGCCUGCUAGCAAGGCAGGUGCUUAUGCCGCUAAGCUAAAUCCCCAGCCCCUGUUUGUUUGUUUUGUUGUUGUUUGUUUUGGGGGGGAUUUUGUCAUUUUUUGGUAUGGGAAUCGAACUCACAACCUCAAGCUUGCUAGACAGGUACUGUACCACUGAGCUAUAUCCCCAAUCCUUUGGUCUGUCUUUUUGAGGCAGGGUUCCACUGUGCAGUUCAAACUGGCCUUCAUUUUGUAGCCCAGGCUGGACUUGAACUCACAGCAAUCCUCCUGCCUUAUCCCCCCAAGUGCUGGGAUUAUAGGUAUGUAAAAGCACUAUAAUUUUAGAAGUUGUUAUUUUUCAUAUAUCUGAAAUUUCCAUCUCAUUAAGAUAAAAUGAAAAAUAAGUGCCAAAAAUGUAUUUGUUUUGUUUUCAUUUUUUUGAGACAGGGUUUUACCAUGUAGCCUAGGCAGGUCACAAAAUCACAGUGAUCCUUCGGCUUCAGCCUCCUAAGUGCUGGGAUUACAGGCAUGUAAAACCACACCCAGCUUUUAAAUUUAAAUUUUCUUCUAAUUAUAAAUCAAGCUUUUUUGGUCUUUGAUUUUUUUUUUCAGUACAAAGGAUCAAAGCCAGGGCCUUGCACAUCCUGGGCAAGCACUCUCCCACUGAAUUAGUGCACAGCUCAGCCCCUUCACCCCCUUUUUUUGAGAUAGGGUUUGCUACUUUGUAGUUCAGGCUGGCUUCCUGCCUCAGCCUCCCCUGCGAUUACAGGUAUGUGUGAUGUGUGUCCCACACCUGGCUCCACCCUGUUUUUUUUUUACAUUUUAUCUUGAGCCAGGUAUGGUACACAACUGUAAUCCCAACGCUGGGGAGGCUGAGGCGAGAGGAGCCUUUCAAGUUCAAGGCCAGUUUGAACAUAAUGAAACCCUGUCUCAAGAAAAAGGCAAAAAUUUUUUUAUUUUGAGAGUAUCUCUAAAUUGCCAAGUCUGGCCUUGAACUUGUGAUCCUCCAGCCUCUGCUCCCUAAGUAGCUGAGAUCACAGAUGUGUGCCACCAUGGCUAGCAUAAAUCAGGUGUUUUUUAACUAAUUCCACUGCAGUUGGAUUAUGCCAAGAAGUUGUUCCCGUUUCAUCGAGAAUUAUUUUCAUAUCACAAGGACCACUUUCUCUAAGCACUGUGCAGGUGAGGGUAGCGCGGUCUGUGUUGGUGAAGCACCCCGUGAAGCAGGCGCAGGUGACCUGGAGAGAACUGGUUUGCAAAGCUGAGAAGGUCAUUCCUAAGGUUUGGUUCUAGCAGUUUGGCUGGUCUCUUUCACUUUCAACUUCCUGCUAAAUGAAAAUAGCUAGAAACAUCAUUAGCAUGAAGGGGAAGGUCAGCUUAUCUGCCAGCCAAGAUAAAGUCAUUCGUCUUCACGUCCUGCGCAGAGCUCAGCCUCCUGAGAGCUACCCUCUUACUCAUCCGGGACAUGCCUCUCCACAAGCAUUUCCUAGAGGAGCCACUGCAAUACUGUGUUUUGUCAGAAAUUGGUAUAAAGGAAAAAGCUUACAGGAUUCCCUGGAGGGGAAAGAUGCUUUGUGAUGUUAAGCAGCUUGCUCCAAAACCUUCAUUCUGGCCUCAACACCAGCAUCAAAGAAACAGAGCCUUUCAUGGGCCACAGCUGACGGAGACCUCCUCCCAGGGGUGUGAGGCUCUUUGGCCUCUAGAAAUGAAACUGCAUUUAGCAGCAGUCCACUCUCCCGCUCCCAGGGUCCCAGCUGGAGCACAGCGCCCUGAACACAGCUCUCCCUCCGGAGGCCAGUUAGGGCACUUGGAGGGCAGCUCUGCAUGUGCACCUGUGGGUAUGUGCCCUGCGGUGUUGCCCGGGUAAAUGUCAGGGACGUAGCUCCAUGCUGCACCAAAAGAUAGUAAGAUGUGAUUAUUAGCACUACUGCGUGAAGUCAAGAGUGGACUCCCUGUAAAUCAGCUGUGCAGGGGCUGGGGAUUUAGCUCAGCGGCAUAAGCGCCUGCCUUGUAAGCAGGCAGUCGUGAGUUCGAUCCCUGGUACCGAUAAAAACGAAAAAGACAAAAAAAAAAAAAAAAAAUCAGCUGUGCAAAAGCCGUUUUAAAAUCUAAAACUAAAAAUAUCAGGUCUCAAGCGCUGUUUUUGGUUUAUUGAGACAAGGUCUCGAGGUGUAGUUCAGGCUGGCCCUAAACUCACUAAGUCACCCAGGCUGGCCUCGAACUCACACCGAUCCUCCUCAGCCUCCCGGUGCGCCAUGAUGCCUGGCUCCAAGUGCACUUUGGUUUUUAAAGAGCUUUUUUCUUCACACCUAUCUCAGUGACUGCUGUUAAUUAUUCUUUUGGAUCAUAACUGGUUAAGUUGACAAGAUUGCAGUUUACCUCAAUGAAUUUUUAGAAUGGAGAUCAUUUUUAAAUUGGGUAAGACAUUUCCUAAAGUUCAUAAAAAAGUAUUGUUGGGGCUGGGGAUUUAGCUCAGCAGCAUAAGCACCUGCCUUGCAAACAGGCGGUCGUGAGUUGGAUCCCCGGUACCGAUUUAAAAAAAAAAAAAAAAAGAAAGCAUUGUUGUUAACCAGCUGGACAUGGUGGCCCAUGCCUGUAAUCUGAGGCCUUUGGAGGCUGAAGCAGAUGGACUUCUGGGAGUUCGAGGCCAGCCUGGACUCCAUAGUUAGUUAAAAACCAGCUUGAACUACAUAGUGAAACCCUGUCUCCACACACCAAAAAAAAAAAAAAAAAAAAAAAAAAACCAUUGAUAUAGUUGAACUACUGUCUUCAUGUAAGUGCCAAAGAAGUGUGAAUUCAGACAUUAACUGUAUAGAUCUAGUUUAGUUUUGUGUGUCUGCUGCCAUAUACAAAUGUACUGUGGUCUACUUUUCCAUAGUUCCAAGUGGUUGCACUUCUCCAUAGCACUUUCUAGAAUAUAAACCACUUGUCAGUCAUUAAAAUAGAAUGGGCAGCUGUGAUAAUGGUGUUUCCUGCCUUCUGGAAAAUGAUUUCAUUAGCCACAUUCAGAUUCUAGCCCUGGGCCGUGGGGGGCUCAACGGUGUUUCUCUUGCCUAGUGAGUGUGAAGCCCUGGGUUUGAUCUCCAGCACUGCAUGAAAAGAAGAAUCACUUUUACAGGUUGCAUCAUUUAAAGCAGUUUACUUCUAGCUGUCAUUUUAGGGGAGAGUUUACAUUUUUUUCCGAAGCUCAGUGUGGUGUUUCAGCCUUGUUAAUCAUUCACACAGCUGAAGUCUGUAAGGAUGUCUGCCAAGUAAAAGUUGGUGAGAGUCCACUGCCAUCAUCCUUAAAGUCCCUGUUGCUAAAAAUGAUAUGUUUGGGUCAUUCUAGAUAUAUGUAAAAAUUUGGAUUCUGAUUCAAAAAAAUCUUCAAGAAAGCAUGAAAAAGUAGAGAUUAGCAAAUAUAAAUUCCUGCAUGCAAAAUUAAUAGAGAAUAAAAGCUUACAUUAAGAUAACAGUGAACAGAUCUUGCUGUAUGUACUUUUGUUCAGAAAGCAGUGUUGUUUUUAGCAUGUUUCAGUUAAGGACUGAAUUACCAGAAGUACCUAUUGAUGCUGCUGCCCAUUUGUUUUCUUCAUUUGAAACUUAAGUUGGGGCUUCCUAACAACCACAACAAAACCCAUGUUCUUGGGAUAAGGACUGGGACUUUGUUAGAAUCCUGUACCGCCCUCCCCCCAAACAUUCCCACCGCACACCUAGAUUUAAAAGCUCCCGGGUGUGAAGGGAAUCCACAGAGCCUAGGAAGAUGCAGCUCUGAGCCAGCUGACUUCUGUUCUCGAGACUUAGAACAUUAAUAGCUAACAGUCCACUGCCUGAUUGUUUAGGACUUUGACCACACUUUAAAAUAGAAUCCAAAGUCAUCAAAGGAAAGUGAGCGGGGUUAUCUAAAGCAAACUUCUUUUCAGGAGCCCCUGGCCCCUAACGGAUUUUGGGACAUAAACAGGAAAGUGAUGUCAUGCAGAAUUAUUUUUGGAAGAGCGGUACUGGAGCGCAUGGAUUCUUCAGCAUGUGCUCUAAGUGAGGGGCUGGGUUUAAAUAUUUGGGGUAAGAGUGACAGUUCUGUAGUGUUGUCAUAAGGUGUCUGCAUUAGCAGGUAUAAAGAUUCCUGUCCAAAUGGCCAGCUUCACGUGGCUUUCUGUGCGAUUCCCUGGUGCUGCUCCUAACUGGACCCCCCUAAGCAGCUGCCCCAUGAGGUACCAGCGUGCGGGUGCAGAGGACCAGGUGGGGUGCGGCAGCCCCCAUACCUGGGAGGGGUGAAGGCCUUCCGCUGGACACCGAGCUGGGUGGCUGGCGAGUCAGGGGUGAGCUGUUCAUCACUAACUUACGUGGUUGCACUUCCGUGCCCCACUGCUGGCACUAGGCCCUCAGUGUGAGUGUAGUGUGAGUGUAAGUGUUAGAGAAGUGCAAUCGUGAAGCAUAAUCGCUGUGAAGGUGUUUCUGUGCGCUUUGUGCCCUUCAUGGAGAACAGCUAUUGUAGACGGUUAAAUGUUUUGAAUUGUAUCUGUAUGUUAUUUUGAUUAUGUGCUAUUAUCAUUCACUCUCUCUGAAUUUGAGUGUCAGGAAGAGGAAAAUAAAAUGCUAACCUGAUUGUGCAGGA